UUGUCACUCUUGGGCAGCCCAAGUCUGGCGCUGACGUAAUACUGUCUGCCUGGAAGCACCGCCCCCACGGGAUCCGAGCCCACUUGGACUUGAAUGAGGCGGGCGCAGAAGCCCGUCAGACAGACGGAUACAAAGUAGCACAAGCUGUCUGUUAAUAAACAGCGGGGAUACUGGAGCACGGAGGGCCGGCAGACGUCCCGGGCUGGGGGGGACGAAGGCAACUGAGACCCGUUACAGACUCCUGACUACCACCCGUAGAAGCGUACCGAAGGAGGAAAAACAGCGCUGCAAUUUUUUUUAUUAGAUUGCAACCUCAGCGAGAAAAAAGAGAAGGGGCAGUUGGACCGAUCCUCGAGCCGUUUCCUCGUAGAUUUCCACAUUUAAAUGUUAAACUUCAUGGGUCUAAUAAACGGUACAGCGGCCAUCCAGACCAAUGUAUCCUGUACAUGUAACUGCAAACGCUCCACUUCAUUCCAGAGUAUGGAGAUCACCCAGCUGGAGUUUGUGCAGAUCCUGCUGAUCGUGGUGGUGAUGAUGGUGAUGGUGGUGGUCAUCACCUGCCUGCUCAACCACUACCGGCUUUCAGCCCGGUCCCUGGCCUCUCGCCACAGCCAAGCCCGUCGACAGCGCCUUCCCCAGGCCUCCGAUGGGAGUCUAUGGUCCUCAGAUGGCCCUGGGACCUCUAGUGGGAUGAAUGAGCCGCAGGUGUACACCCCCAGGCCGCCGGACCGAGCGCCCGCCUACCUUCAGAGGGAACGUCUGCCCCGGUUCCAGCCCACCUACCCCUACCUGCCCCACUCGAUCAUCGACCUGCCCCCCACCAUCUCCCUGUCGGACGGGGAGGAGCCGCCCCCGUACCAGGGCCCCUGCGCCCUGCAGCUGCGGGACCCCGAGCAGCAGCUGGAGCUGAACCGCGAGUCGGUGCGCGCCCCGCCCAACCGCACCGUGUUCGACAGCCAGCUGAUCGACACCAGCGCCUCCGCCGGGCUGCGGGGGGCGCCGCCGGCCUACAGCGAGGUCAUUGGCCACUACUACCACCCGUCCCUGCCCUCCCGGCACCAGCCGGGGCCCCCGCAGCUCCUGCACGGCAUCCUGCAGCACCACUCCCUGCCACAGGGGGCGCCGGAGUGCCGGCACGCGCGGGCCAAGGAGAAGCAGCGGCCGCAGCAGGUUUGAUGUCACCACAAACUGCCAAACCCCGCUCCACCCCCCCCCUCCCCUCCCCUCCCCUCCCCUCCUUCGCACUUCCACAGAACUUGUCAGGGUAAGGAGGGGGAGGGGAUAGAAUGGCCACGCCCCUUCCCAAUCCCGAAAAAAAAACCCCCACCCUCAAACUUUGUAUAAAUAUUUACAUGUUAUUUGUUGUCUUUAGUGCUCACAGCUUUGUUUUCUACACUGACAGAAUCUGAAACGAACACAGGACGUGGUUUCCUUUCUUUCUCACCGUGUUUAACGUUCUGUGUUCCUGAGCUCCGGACUUCCCGCGAGUCCUCUGCUAAUUCCUGCCUGUCCUUGAUUUGAAACGCUCAAAAGUCUUUAGAAUUAACAGGUCUUCCUUUUCUUAAGUGCAGAUGCUUAUUUCUUGUGUCGAGCGGGACUAUGGCCCAGGGCAUUGCCACUCCCCCUGAUCUCGGUUUCCUCCAUUGAGUCACCUCACCUGUCAGAGCACACCUGCGACCCCCCCAGAACACGUCAGCACACCUGCAACCCCCCCUCCCAGAAUCCAUCAGCUUUGUGUCGGCCAUGUUGGAAUCCACUGAGUAAAUUCCUCUCCUGUGAUCUUUGGCCAUGUCCAUUUCACCCCACUUGCCUACGAUUGAGUAUACAAGUCGUAUUACAAGUUGCAUACAACUGGUGUACUCAGUAGUAGGCAAGUGCGCUGAUUCGGACACGGCCUUCCUCUUCAGUGCUUCAUGUUCUCUCUUAGUUUGUCAUAAGUCAUAAGUGGGGGGUGUAUCAUAGAUCAGGGGUGUGCCGACUCAGCCCCCCCCCCCCCCCCCCAAUGUAUACUGCCUUCUGUUAUAUCUGAUUUCAUGGUCAGUUAAGGCUGUUAAAGCCAUGUCUAAGUUCUACCAUCAUUUUUUCCCCCUCAAACUUAUUUGGCUUAUUUUUGACAGAUUCUUCUCCCCCCCCCCUCCUUUUCCUAAAUGGUUUAGUCCCAGAGACCAGCUGUCCACACCCUCAGCACCUAGGACCCCACUGAUUUUACCUGUCUGUCAGUCAGCCAUUUCACCAAAUGAAGAAAUGUAGCCUCUUUGUGGAGAGAGAAUUAGUCACAAAGCACACAACAGAAGAUGAAAGCCUUAGGAAAGGUCCUGGGGGUGUGAACAUGGGACAUUUAUUCUUCAUAAUGUGCACAGCUAGUUCUGACACGAUGUGGCCUUAUGGGUAAAUCAGCCCUCCGUACGCUAGAGAAGUGUGUCAUUUAGAAGAGCUCGUUACAGUCCGGCGGUUGCAGGUGUGAUGGGAAGGAAAGCCGGCCCACUCCGGGCACAGCAGGUGUGAGGCGGGAUCUGACAGGUGCGGUCGCCGUGACCGAGCUCCGUAACCACGGUUAACCCGGCUGAACCGCGCGGUCCGGAUCAGGCGGAGUGGAGCCCUGGCCCCUCGAAGUUCCGUUUUUGUGUCCUUAGUUACCUUCACUUCUGAGAAAUAUUUGCACAAAUUCUAUGGAAAAAGACUGUUUAUUUGGAGAAAAGAAAUAAUCUGCAAUAUGUGUGGUGAGAGGUGAUUUGCCUGGGCAGGGGUAUUUUUGUAAAAGAAAGGACGAUGAAAAAAAAAAGGAAAAUGUUUUCUUCUUGUUUAGAAAAAAAAAGAAAUGGCAGUUUGUCGGGGUGCCAACUCAAACGUGUUUGACAUUGUUAUACGUUAUGCAUUUGUAUGUAUAUGUAUAUAUGUGUAUGCACGUAUGUAUGCGUACACAUAUAUAUAACUGAAAAUCAAACUUAAAAAAAAGCACGAUUUUAGAGUUAUUUAUAUAAAUGUUGAAAAGAAUUGCACUAUUUUUUAAUAUAAAAUGAUGGCAAGCCAAGGCUUGCAAACAGUUUUGAGAAAAGAAGAGAAAAACCUCUUAUGUGCAUGUGUGACCUUGAGCGAGAGAAACUUCUAGAAAACUCCAGAUGAAGGCUCCCCCUCUGCGGAGGGUCCAGAGGGCGUGGUCGGCAUCGCCUAGCAACCUGCAGCAGCAAGCCUGACACCCCCCCCCCCCCCAACCGAUCGCUAUUUCUGAGACCGGUACCUAGCUAACACGAAACGUACCCGCGGUGCUGCUGCCGUGUAGCGGCAUCGUCGUAACCUUGGCGGAACGUUCCGGUAGCGCUGCGAGGACGUUUCGUGCUAGCCGGGCGUUAGCGAGCCAGCCGCUCCCUGCCCCGUGACCCCCGGCGUUCCUGUUGCAAGCCCAGAAACGCACACCCGCUCCGGUGCGCUACGGGUGUGCUGCAGAGGCUGCUCGGGUCCCCAGCGGCACGCAAAAAAAAACCCUCGGGUUGAAAAAGAAAGUAAAAGGUCGGCUGAACUCAGAAAUACGCAUUUAUCCAGUACGUGAAGUGCGGACGCUCUGUUCAGCUCUGCCCAGCCUUUUGCAUGACAGCGCCAUGCUAACUGUGCAAUAUGAGCGAAGGUGAUCCAUCGUGGCACCAGUCCAGCGUGUGUUUAUAUACGUGCUGCGUCCACCUCGUGUGCGAUUUAGCCGCUGGCUUUGUUAAACGAGUCUCAGAAAUGUGACCGGUUGGAAAUGGGCAGCCUUGUAUUGCGUUGUGUUCCUGAUCUGACUUAUAUUAGAUUUUCACACCCUAAAUGUCUCCAGGGGCCAAUAGUGUUUGGCUUCAUUGCUAAAGAGUCUCUCCCAUAGCUGUCAGCUGUCACGGCACAGAAGCUUUCGGUGUGUGCGUGUGUGUGUGUGUGCGUGCGUGCGUCCGUGUGGGUGCGUUCGUGUGUGUGUGUCUGCGUAUGCCAAAGCCUCUGUCCUUCGCCUCUGGCUGAGACAUUUAGGGUCCAAAAUAUCAACAUUCGCUGAUUAAUCAGGCCGAGUCUCACCCCCGCUGUUGAGCCCGCCUGUUGGAGGCGUUGCCAGGGCAACGGGGGCGGGGCUGCGCAGGUUGCUCCCCGCUGUGGCGGGCCUCCUCUGGCCCGCAGUGAACAGGCAUCUCUUAGCACUUUAACGAAGAAGAGAGACACAAUCUUCCUCAGUCAGCCUUGGUCUCGCUUUUUAGAAUUAUGCAACUGCUUCCUUUGGGGUUAGAAACUGCAGGCCCAGUGCUGGGGGGAGGGGGGGGGCGGGGUUUAGAGGGAAUGUGGGUGCGGUCAGAACAAAGGUGGGCGGAGUCGGUGGAAACCUGGAGACUGACGGCAACUCCUCACUCCCUCUUCCCUCCCCUCACGUAAAUCCAAAUCAAAUGCGAAAUAGCGAUUAAAUUAAUAUGAAAUACUUGAAUGUGGAGCUGGUGCCCACUCCACGCCCUACAGCACACAGCCAAUGGAGUUGCAUGUCUCUAACCCACAUCUAUUGCGAAUGGACUGGCCCGCAGUUCCACUGAUGGCCUGUAGGGGCCAGUGCAGUUUGUGGCCUUAAGGGGAAGCUCGGGUAGGAUCGCUGGCGCCGGCCAGUACUUUGCUUCAGGGAAACCAGCGCUGACUGAAACCAUGGCAACUGGGUUGAGGGUGACGCUCAAGUGACCUGGCUGACCAAUCAUUAACGGCUUAACCGAACAGUGACGUCGAUCUUGAACCCUCUCCACGGCUUCGAUCCGGCUGAAAUCCUUCGGCAGCCUCCCUUGGGCGUCGCCUCCACCCCGCCCCAAAAAGACCUCUCCCUGUUCCAGGGAUGCCUGUCUCUCCAGCAGCAAGGCUCGUACACUGGCUAGCCUGGGCUUUCUGACCUCUGGAAACGAACAGUAUUCCUGCUGGGCUGCCCCUUAGUCUUACAUAGCCCAGAGAUAGAAAGAGAGAGAGAGAGAGAUAUAGAAAGAGAAAGAACGUGUGUGAGAGAGAGAGAGAGAGAAUGCGUAGAUGACAGAGGUUUUUUAGUGGAGAGCGUUGCAAUAUACCUACUGUUUGCCUUUUGAUAAUGUAGUUAUUGUUUAACUUAGAAAAAAAUGUAAAAGUUGUUUUGUUUUUUUUCUCUUUAAAAAAAAAAA